AUGGUUUUGCCUUGGUAUUUUGACAUAAAGAAGUAUUUGGAGACCGGGACUUAUCCUGAGAAUGCAACGUUCAACCAAAAGAAAUCAAUACGUCGUAUGGCUAACAAUUUCUUUACAAGUGGGGAAAUCCUUUAUAGAAGGACUCCAGAUUUAGGUCUUCUCAGAUGUAUUGAUGUUAUUGAGGCUGCGAAGCUUCUUGAACAGAUACAUGCUGGAGUUUGUGGUACUCACAUUAAUGGACUCACUUUGGCUAGAAUGAUCCUCCGAGCGGUUUGGGAAAUGGAUGUCAUUGGUCCAAUAGAGCCAGCCGCCUCUAACGGGACACUAGAUUCAUUUUGGUUGCCAUUGACUACUUUACCAAGUGGAUUUGGAGUACCAGAAUCCAUCAUUAUUGAUAAUAGAGAGAAUCUCAACAGUCAUUUGAUGAGAGAGAUAUGUGAACAAUUCAAGAUUACUCAUCGAAACUCAACCGCUUAUCUUCCCCAAAUGAAUGGAGUUGUAGAAGCCACCAACAAAAACAUAAAGAAGAUUUUAAGGAAAAUGAUUGACAAUCACAGAGGUUGGCAUGAGAUGUUGCCAUAUGCUUUGUUGGGAUACAAAACGACAGUCAGAACGUCAAUUGGAGCUACUACAUACUUGUUGGUAUAUGGAAAAGAAGAAGUUAUACCUGCCGAAGUUGAGAUACCUUCAUUGAGAACAAUCCAAGAAGCUGAAUUGAGUAAUGCUAAUUGGGUUUGCAAGCGAAUUGAUCAAUUAACAUUGAUUGAUGAGAAGGGAAUGGUUGAUGUUUUUCAUGGCCAAUUGUAUCAACAGAGAAUGAUUCGUGCUUUCAACAAAAAAGUGAGAUCUCAAACAUUUGAAGAAGGACAAUUGGUCCUCAAACGCAUCUUCCACCAUCAAGAUGAGUAUAAGGGAAAAUUUGCACCAAAUUGGCAAGGACCAUACAUAGUUCGUAAAGUGUUAUCUGGAGGUGCCUUGAUCCUGUCAGAGAUGGAUGGCUAG